GGAAGAAAAUAACUCUGAGGGUUCUAUGGGACUAUGGUAGAUAUAAAAGAGGCGACACUGGUAAGAUGGCGUCUACAUGUUCUGAAUACACCAUUGGUGGAGUUAAAAUCCUGUUUCCAUGCAAGGCAUAUCCUUCCCAACUUGCCAUGAUGAAUUCAAUUAUGAGAGGUCUAAACAGUAAACAACACUGCUUGUUGGAAAGUCCCACAGGAAGUGGGAAAAGUUUAGCAUUGCUGUGUUCUGCUCUUGCAUGGCAGCAAUCACUAUAUGGUAAACCAGCAAAUGAGGGUGCCGGUGAAAAAGAAUGGAAAAAACCGCAAGCCCCGUGCUGCUGCACAUGUCACUCAAAAGCUCCCGAUUCCAGUGUCUCUCCUUCAACGUCCAAAAGCAAAUCUGCAUCUCCCACUGGUGAUUCUUUGGCAGCCAGCCCUGUUAAUGAAUCAGUUAAUAGCAAGGCCACCUUAGCUUCCAAAUUAAGCGUGAAGAAGCAAGCUUUUUUUGCAGAAGAUCGUGAUGAUGAUUUUCAGUCUGACAGGAAAAGGAUCCGGCAGUCCCAAAAUGAGCUUCAGGCACGAAAACGGCACUGUUUUGAAAAAGGUGUGCAGUUUAUUGAUGAUGACUGUUAUGAAAGCAGCCUAGAGUCAAACGGGUACCUUGAGCGGAAUCUUGAAGGUUUUACACCUUCUACCACAAAACAUUCUUCAGAACCAUGCCAGAAUUGUUUUUGUGGUUGUACCAAAAUCCAGGAGAAAACCAAAGAAAGUUGUAAGAAGAAAGAAAAUGGUGAAAAGCUGAGUGUGCCCAAAAUAUUUUUUGGUACCCGAACACAUAAGCAGAUAGCCCAGAUUACUAAGGAGUUGCGGAGGACGGCCUAUUCUGGCGUCCGUAUGACUAUUCUGUCUAGCAGAGAUCACACAUGUGUCCACCCGGAGAUUCACAGUAACAGAAAUGAAAAAUGCAAGGAGCUUCUAGAUGCCAAAGAUGGACAGACUUGCCGUUACUACCAUGGUGCACAAAAAAUGAGCGAGCAGCCUGUACUUCAAUAUAGGCUAGGAAUGAAUCAGGCAUGGGACAUUGAAGAAUUGGUAGGAAUGGGCAUAAGGCUGCGUGCAUGCGCUUACUUCGCUGCACGUGAGCUGAUGAAAGAAGCAGACAUCGUGUUCUGUCCUUACAACUAUCUGCUGGACUCACAGAUUAGGGAAAGUAUGGAUAUCUGUUUGGAAAAUCAAGUGGUCAUCUUAGAUGAAGCUCACAAUAUUGAAGAUUGUGCUCGGGAGUCGGCCAGUUACAGAGUUACGGAUGCGCAGCUAACUUUUGCGCGAGAUGAAAUUGACAGUAUGGUGAAUCAUGGCAUCAGAGUCCAUGAACAUGAGCCUUUAAGGGCUGUAUGUUACAGUCUGUCAAAUUGGGUGAAGGAGUGCUCUGAUCAACUGGUUGAAAGAGAAUAUGAAUCAUCCAAUAAAGUAUGGAGUGGUAAAGAAAUUCUUGAAAUUUUCUAUCAAAUGGGCAUAACAAAUACAACAUUUCCACUUUUGAAGGCAAAUUUUGCUGCAGUAAUUGAAAAAGAGGAAAAGAGACCAAUGUUGAAUGGACAAGAAAACGUAGUGAAAAUUCCUACGCUCAGCGCUCAAACGCAGAUGGUGUUGAAGGGACUUUUCCUAGUGCUGGAUUACCUGUUUCGACAGAACAACAGAUUUGCAGACGAUUACAGGAUAGCGCUGCAGCAGUCUUAUACCUGGGCCAAUAAAGAAGAUAUUCCUGAUGAAAACGGCUUCUUUGCAAGACCUAGAAACAGGAGAAGUGCUCGGCGCAAGACACUAGUGUAUACACUGAAUUUCUGGUGCCUCAAUCCAGCCGUGGCAUUUUCUGAUCUAAGUGGCUGUGUUCGCACUAUUGUUCUGACAUCAGGCACAUUGUCUCCAAUGGGAUCGUUUUCAUCUGAACUUGGUGUCAAAUUUUUGAUUCAACUGGAAGCAAAUCAUGUCAUCGAUAAAUCCCAGGUCUGGGUUGGAACAAUCGGUGCCGGCCCAAAGGGCCGAAAGCUUUGUGCCACGUUUCAGCAUACAGAAACCUUUGAUUUUCAGGAUGAGGUUGGAGCCCUUUUGCUGUCUGUGUGCCAGACUGUAAGCCAUGGAGUGCUUUGCUUUCUUCCCUCGUAUAAGAUGUUGGAGAAAUUAAAAGACAGGUGGAUGCAUACAGGCCUAUGGGAAAAUCUGGAGAGGAUCAAGACAGUCAUUAAAGAACCACAAGGAGGAGACAAGACUGACUUUGACAAACUACUGCAGGUGUACUAUGACGCAAUACGUUACAAUAGAGAAAAAGAUGGUGCUCUCCUUAUUGCUGUCUGCAGAGGAAAAGUGAGUGAAGGGUUGGACUUCUCUGAUGACAAUGCUCGUGCUGUAAUUACUGUGGGAAUUCCUUUUCCUAAUGUGAAAGAUCUACAAGUCGAGCUAAAGAGAAAGUAUAAUGAUCAGCAUACAAAAGCUAGAGGGCUUCUCCCUGGCAGUCAGUGGUAUGAAAUCCAGGCAUACAGAGCUCUGAACCAAGCCUUGGGGAGAUGUAUCCGUCAUAAAAAUGACUGGGGUGCCCUAAUUUUAGUUGAUGAGCGUUUCAGAAGCAAUCCUAAAUACAUCACUGGUUUGUCAAAAUGGGUGCGUCAACUAGUACAACACCACUCAACAUUUAAUAACGCUGUGGAAUCCUUGAUAGCGUUUUCUAAGAAUCAGCAGGAAAGGCAAAAUGUUUCCACUAUGGCCUCCGAGAAUGAAUCUUUUCAGGUGGUCUCGGCCACACAGAACACGUCCCCAAAUUCCUCUUUGGUGGACCUAACAAUUCACCCUACCCAGAGCUUCAGGGAAUGCACACAGCCUGUUUUUACACAGCACACUUCAGAGCAGGAACCGGUGAUCACGAUCCCCUGCAGUCCAAUCCAGUCAACGUCUGCUGAAAAAAUUAGACCCGAAAAGAAAUAUGAAUCUGAAGAUUACAGGGAAGCUGAAUCACUAUGUAUGCAAUCUAAAAAGAACAAAAUGACACCGAAUGAAAGAAAAGCCUCUGUUAAAUUUAGAAAGCAAAAUACCAGUAAACAAAGAGCCGAUUUCUAUAAAUAUUUCAAGCAUAAACCUCUAACAUCCACUCCUUUGCCACAUUCUUCAAAAAAAUCUGCUUUUGAAGACACAGACAGUGUUACUACAAAUCUGGAUGCAAAUACUCAAGAGGCGUAUAGGCUGAAGAAUUCAUCUAGAGUACUGGAGGAAGACAAUAAUGACAUUUCUGUACAAACCAUGUGUAACGCUAUGCCUCUUUUCCAUGCUACCACAAAUAGCAGUGUUCUUUUGGCACCGGAGAACAUGGAAGCCUCUGUUACAGAGACAUCUGCAGUAGCCAAUGAAACAGAGGAUACUAUCUAUUUUACUCCCGAACUCUAUGAUAACGAAGAUCAACCCCUCACCCCUGAUUCAAAUGGACUAAAAGAUCUCUUGGUUGUUCAAUCUGAUGAUGAGCACGAGGCAAGAGAUAAAAGUGAAAGAAUGACUUUGCCUGUGGCUUUAACCGAGACAGACGUACCCAUAUUAUCAACUAAUGCAAAGUUACCUCCUGCCAACAUUCCAGAAAAUAUCCAGACCCAGAGUAAGACUUUUUCUAACCGUGUACAACAGAGUAAUACAGUUCUCGGUGGUUUAGAACAAGUCGAUCAAGCUAAAGAAAAAAGAAAACACAGACUUUCCAAGUCCAGAAACAAAAGUUUGUCUUCACCCGGUCUAGAUUAAUUGUAGCACUGUGCAAUCAAAGAUAUGAAAACCAGAUUAAAGGCAAACCUUAAAUAAAUAUUAAUAAACUAUAAAGUCAUAAGUACAUAUAAAACCUAUAUGCAUGUAUAAAAUAAUAGGGUCAACAUAUGGAUUUUCCCUUGGCUUAUGUGAACUUUAACCAUAUGCUCAAUGUUUAUGUUGUAUUGCUGGCAGUGAAAGAACCCAUUUAUGAUGGCUAAAAUCCACUCUGCUCCUGUAAUUAAUCACGCUGAAUUAAAUAUCAUCUGUGGGGGUUAUAAAGCACCUGCUAUAAUGCAGGCAGCAGCUUAGUAUUUCUGUUCGCUUCUCUUAAAAACAAAUUUAUGUAUAAAAAAAAUAAAAAAAAGUGUAUAUAAAAUGUUCAAAAUACAUUUUCUAAAUAAAAAGUGAAUUACUUGAGUUGGAAAUGUAGAAUGUGAAUUCAAAAGAAUGCAUUAUUUUUGGGCCUGUGCUUUUAACACUUUUUGUAUUGCAUAAUUCUGUCGAGAACCAAAGUGAUACUGAGAAUGUACAAAAAAAAAUGUGCAUACCUCAUAAAACUGCAACCCUAACUUUUAUCCAUUUCAUAAUCAGGUAUGUGAGAAACAAAUAAACAGAAAGCAUUUAUAUCCUUUUAUACAUUUUCUAUAAGAUUUCUUUCCUGGAGUUUCAUUGAAAUUUUGCAACAAUGUGGUUUGUAUUUGAGGCACAUCAUAGAAUGUUUUUACAUUAUUUAGCUAUUUUGUAUCUUUGUUCAAUGACACUUAGAUUUACAAAGAGAGUUCUACUUUGCUGAAUACUUAUCUGUUAUAUUAACCAACACUAGGCGUUAAUCGAUUCAAUGUUACUUGUAUACGUUAUAUGUUAAAUGAGAACCCAUUUUUAUUAAUAGUAUCAGAAUAAAAGUACAUUUUUAAAAA